AUGGCGUUUGGCACAAUGACGUCUUUGCUUGGCAUGAUCCCGCUGCUGGCGAUCGGCAUGAAUUUCUAUCGCUAUCAAAGCGUAGAUCCCGAGAACAAGGUCCAGGAGCCAACCGUCAUACGUCGUCAGUAUGAUUUUGUGGUGAUUGGCGGCGGAUCCGCUGGAGCUGUGGUCGCGAAUCGCCUGAGUGAGGUGCGCAAUUGGACUGUUUUGCUACUCGAAGCCGGCGGCGAUGAAACGGAGAUCUCGGAUGUGCCAGCUCUGGCGGGCUAUCUGCAGCUAACGGAGUUGGACUGGAAGUACCAGACAACGCCCUCAUCCACACGCCAGUACUGUCAGGCGAUGAAGGGCGAUCGCUGCUUUUGGCCAAGGGGAAAAGUGCUGGGCGGAAGUUCCGUGUUGAAUGCCAUGGUCUAUGUACGUGGCUCAAAGAACGACUACAAUCAUUGGGCAUCGUUGGGUAAUCCGGGCUGGGACUACGACAGCAUGCUCAAGUACUUUCUCAAAUCGGAAGAUGUACGAAAUCCCUACUUGGCCAAGACGCCAUACCAUGAAACGGGUGGUUAUCUAACGGUUCAGGAGGCUCCAUGGCGUACUCCACUCUCGAUAGCCUUCCUACAAGCGGGCAUGGAGAUGGGCUAUGAGAAUCGGGACAUUAAUGGUGCCCAACAGACGGGCUUUAUGCUCACGCAGAGCACGAUUCGCCGUGGUGCCAGAUGCUCCACGGGCAAGGCCUUCAUCCGUCCAGUGCGCCAGCGACAAAACUUCGAUGUCCUGCUCCAUGCGGAGGCCACCAGGAUCCUGUUCGACAAGCAGAAGCGAGCCAUUGGUGUGGAGUACAUGAGGGGUGGUCGCAAGAAUGUGGUUUUCGUGAGAAGAGAAGUGAUUGCGAGUGCUGGUGCUUUGAACACACCAAAAUUACUGAUGCUUUCGGGAGUGGGUCCAGCUGAGCAUUUGCAGGAGCACAAUAUACCAGUUAUAUCGGAUCUGCCGGUGGGCAGCAAUAUGCAGGAUCAUGUGGGUCUGGGCGGACUCACCUUUGUGGUGGAUGCACCACUGACCGUCACCCGCAAUCGUUUCCAAACCAUACCAGUUUCCAUGGAAUAUAUACUAAGGGAACGUGGUCCGAUGACAUUCUCGGGCGUGGAAGGUGUCGCCUUUCUGAACACCAAAUACCAAGAUCCUUCGGUGGACUGGCCCGAUGUGCAAUUUCAUUUUUGCCCCAGUUCGAUCAAUUCUGAUGGUGGCGAGCAGAUACGAAAGAUAUUGAAUCUGCGAGAUGGUUUCUACAACACGGUGUACAAGCCACUGCAGCACAGUGAAACCUGGUCGAUAUUGCCACUGUUGCUGAGACCGAAAAGCACUGGAUGGGUGCGUUUGAACUCGAGGAAUCCGCAGCAUCAGCCCAAAAUCAUACCAAACUACUUUGCCCACCAGGAGGACAUCGAUGUGCUGGUGGAGGGCAUUAAGUUGGCCAUCAAUGUGUCUAAUACACAGGCAUUCCAGCGUUUCGGCUCCAGAUUGCAUAAUAUCCCCCUGCCAGGCUGCAGACAUUUGCCAUUCCAGUCGAAUGAAUACUGGGCCUGUUGCAUCAAGGAGUUCACCUUCACCAUUUAUCAUCCCGCUGGCACCUGUCGCAUGGGACCCAGUUGGGAUGUUACGGCCGUGGUUGAUCCAAGAUUACGCGUCUACGGGGUAUCCGGUGUUCGAGUGGUGGACGCCAGCAUUAUGCCAACGAUUGUCAAUGGGAAUCCCAAUGCACCGGUCAUCGCCAUUGGCGAAAAGGCCUCCGAUUUGAUUAAAGAAGAUUGGGGCGCCAGGCGGGCGCACACUUCCACUUAGUUAAGAAUUUGUCUAUCGCUUAUUUAUGUUUCAACUAGUCAAAUGUGGAUUAACUGAUGUAAUAUUAUCGCUAUGUGUUUUUGUUCUAUCGAAUUCCUCGUUUUGUUCACCGUUAAAUUUAUGCUUAGUUAUUUGAAUAAGUUUUAGUGUACAAAAUCCCACAAAACUGUUUUUUUUUUUUUAUAUAACUUUAUCAAGCAUUUUAUUAAAUAUUUAUGUACCUAUUUAUGAAAAAGAAUCGUUUCUUACUCUGGUUACUUGGUUACUUAUUGUGACAUGUAUUAGUCGGCUGCUGAUGGGAUUUCAUUCAAAACAUAAAUAAAUUACCAAUUUUAAUUAAUGUUUUUAGGUUUUCAUGUCCACUACUUUAUUCGUAUCUACUAAUAGACUUUUGCAACUAUUUGAUGUACGAUUUCUUGAUAAUUGAUAUAUUUAUUAUUAGGAUUUACUAACUUUCUUGUUGUUAAAUACAUUUUAUUUACAUGAAAGCCUCAAGUUACUCACUUUCAUGUAAUCUUACAUGACGACUGUCAUUUAUUUGAUUUAUUCGAAAGUCAGUAUUUAAGUCAAAAUUGAUUAAAAAAAGAGCUUAAACUAAUUAGUAUAUAUAUCAGACACGUGUGUCUAUUUAUGAUCUUAAAUAUUUUAAUUAUUGUUUAUUUACUAUGGCUUUAGAUGUAUCAGUGCAUUUAGCAUGUACAUGAACCGCAUUGAACCGAUAGCUAAGACUUCAACCGCAGAGAAAGUGAAGUCACGAAGUUUAUAAAUUGUAUUCAAUUUUUCGAUUUGCCUUAAGUGCUGGGCGUUAUUUUGCACACGCCCCUUUUGGCCAGCUUUCUGGGCAGCCCACUCUUCCGCUUUGCCAAAGCCAAAUGUCAAAAAUUGCCAGUAUGAUCGAAAAAUGCCCCCACGAAGGCCCCUUGAAAUGUAUAAACUCUCUGCAUUUUUAAUAUGCUGAUGGCCGAUGAUGGUUUCCGUAAUCCCCCGCCUCUUUUCUUUUGGCCGUGGGCGUGGCUUUUGAUAGUCAGGCUUCCGUGUUGCCAUCUAAAUAAGAAAAUAACAAAAAAAAAAUAAAAAAAAAUAUACCGUUUCGCUUUCGAGCGUUCAAGUGUGCCAAGGUUAUUCAAAUUUGUUGACCACAUUAGUCAGCUUUUCGGCACGUUUUAUUUCGUAGGUGUCAGUUGAAAGUUUGGGCAAUGCCCUGUCGACAAUUAUCGACUGCCAGCGAAAAGCCGGACAAUUGCGAAUUUCGCAUGCGACUUCCAGGGAAGCCCAAUACCAUACCCCACCCCCCUUCUGUAAUAAUAUUGCAAAAAUAAAUAACAACAAGGAGGAAUACAGCAAUAAAUGAAACCGAGUCUAUAAACCACCCAAGGCGAUGCCCAGACUUCUUAUAUAAGGCCCUCUUUCGGGGUUAUGGUAUGGUAUGGUAUGGUAUGGUAUGUUCAUGGUACGGUAUACAGUGGGAAAUAACUAAUAAAUAAAUGCAAACAAAGUUUCGGCCAAAUAUUUGAUUUGAUUUUAACGAAACGACAAGUCAUUGCGACCGCAUACUAAUGGAAAGUGUUAUGCCAAAGAUGAAGAUGAUGAAGAUGGGGAGUCGGGAUGAUGACACACUAUAUAAUAUAUGUACAUAUAGCAGGCACGUCAAAGAUCGGCGGACGUGCGUUGAAUAUCUGUGUCUGUGGUCAGUGAAACACAGAAAUUGGGUCAUUAAACCGCCGAAAGUUCGAUCGAUGAGACCAUCUUGAAAAUGAGACCAAAAUAAAAAUGAAUAGGACAUUAAAGUAUAAAUAUAUCCAUAAAUAUAUCUAAAUACCUAUAUAUGUAUCUAUGUAAUGUUGGAAUCAAGUAUUCAAGUGAAUAGCCAAGCCUCUCUCAAUUAAACGAGAAAGAUCAUCCAUCUUACAUCCUCUAAAUAAGCUGUAACACAUGAACUGAAUAAAAUGAAUCAUUUGAGGAACUCA